CCUUGUUUUGCUCUGUUUCGCAUUGUGAAUUCGACUUGGCUUUUUCGUCUUCAACUACCUUUUUUCUUCUUGCUAAUCUACAAUGAGUUACGAUCGCGCACUUACCAUUUUCUCGCCUGAUGGCCACCUGUUCCAGGUCGAAUACGCGCAGGAGGCGGUGCGCAAGGGCAUGUGCACGGUCGGCAUCCGCGGCUCGGACUCAGUCGUGCUGGGCGUCGAGAAGAAGGCUGCACUGAAGCUGCAGGAUUCGCGCACGAUGCGCAAGAUCCACCGUCUGGACGAGCACAUUUUCAUUGCAUCGGCUGGCCUGGUGGCCGAUGCACGUAUUCUGGUCGACCGCGCGCGCCUGGAGUGCCAGAACCACCGGCUGACAGUAGAGGACCCGCCCUCGGUGGAGUACAUUACGCGGUACAUUGCGGCGAUCCAGCAAAAGUACACACAGAGCGGCGGACGGCGCCCGUUCGGCAUUUCAACGCUUAUCGUCGGAUUUGAUCCGGACAACACGCCGAAGCUGUUCCAGACGGACCCGUCGGGCAUCUACUACGAGUGGAAGGCAAACUCAAUUGGACGCAACUCGCAGACGGACGACAUUGAUGAGAAGGAGGCCGUCAAGCUGGCGGUAAAGUCGCUGUUGGAGGUCGUGCAGACGGGCGCCAAGAACAUCGAGAUUCUGGUCGUCACCAAGGACGGCAGCAGGUCGCCCAGCGUGACCGAGAUCGAAGAGGUCAUCAAGGUCAUCGAGGCUGAAAAGGCCGAGGAGGCCGACAGAAAGACGAACCGCGGCGGGCGCUCGGCCUGA